AUGCUCCGCUUCUCGCCACUCAAGUGCCUACAGCGUAUCAGGCGCCUCUCUACAGACGUCGGGUUUGUGUUUGACAUCGACGGCGUCCUCCUCCACGGCGAAAAGCCCAUUCCGGGUGCGGCCGAGGCGCUCAGGCUGCUGGACCGCCAACGCAUACCCUUCAUAUUGCUCACUAACGGCGGCGGGAAACUAGAGGCCCAGCGCACGACGCAGAUUUCCAAGCUCCUGGAUGUUGACAUCCGGCCGCAGCAGAUCGUACAGAGCCACACGCCCUACCAGGCGUUGGCAGAUAAGUACCGCAAAGUGCUCGCCAUCGGGCCCAGCACCGUGCGCGAGGUCGCAGAGCAGUACGGCUUCCGCGACGUCGUCCGCCCCGCUGACGUGAUUCUGUACAACCGCCUAGCCGCGCCCUUCACCGGCCUCACCGGCCAGCGGCUCGCCCGCGAGGCGCGCGAGAACCCCGACCUCGCGCUCACCCCGUUCGAUGCCGUGCUCGUCUUCACCGAGUCUGCUGACUGGGGCGGCGACGUCCAGCUUAUCUGCGAUCUGCUGUGCAGCGAACGCGGGAGACUCAACACCCGCCGCGACACGCCUUCGCACAUCCCCGCCGUCCCGAUCUACUUCUCCAACAACGACCUCCUGUGGUCCAAUGGCUACCCCGUGAACCGCUUUGGCCAGGGCGCGUUCCGCAUGCUUAUCGAGCGCCUGUACGGCGAGCUCAACGCCGGCUACAGCCUGGCCCAUACCACCUACGGCAAGCCCAACCGCAUUGCCUACGACUAUGCUGCCCGCGUCCUGGGCGCCUGGUCCGGCCUCCAGACCGCACAGCCGCCCGCCACGGUAUACAUGGUUGGCGACAACCCCCACAGCGACAUAAUAGGCGCAUACAACUACGGCUGGCGCAGCUGCUUGGUGCGUAGCGGCGUCUAUCGCGAUGGAGACACGUUACCAUGCCAACCGACCCUCGUCGUGGACUCCGUCUUGGACGCCGUAACCGCCGCUCUCCAGCACUCUUCACAUUAA